AUGUCGCUGUCUUCGAUCCGAGGGCGGACUGGGGACCCAUGGACUGACACCUUGUGCCGCUCCCGCUCCCAGUCACCUGCGCUCCGUGUGCCGCUUCGUGCACCACACCGGGUGCUUCGCAGUGCGCCACACUGGCGAGACAGCCCACUGCUGUGCUCUGGGACACGAGGUGUGCUCCUCUUCUCAGUCCUUCGUUUCACCCGACAUGCCCGACAAGAGAAAGGGCAACGGACCGCCAGGGAGGUCGACACCGAGAAGGCAGAUCGAGGAUUUCGAAUCUUGGAGGUCGCCUCAUCGUUUUUGGGUGGGCAGAAGUCACUGGUGAAGGUCGCCAAAUGGGGAAGCCGCGAAGCUUGGCGAACGAUGGUCCGCGAAUUGGCUCCUCAAUCCCCUGAGGGGGAAUACCUUCGUCCAGCAAGCCAGUUGAGGGCAGAGGAUACUGAUUUAGAGCUUCUGGAUCAUGGGCAUGCUGUGUACUUGGGCAAUACCUGUCCAUGGUGUCAUCGUGUUGCGUUAGCUUUGGCCUUGCGCCAAGUGCCAAACCGCUGUGUGGCUCGGGUGCAGCUGCUGGAUGAUCCAGAGCGUGCCUCCCGAGGUGGCUGGGCCUUUGAUUCUUCCAGGGGCUUUGAGGACCCGGUGUUCCAGGCCAAGGACCUGCGUGAGGUCUACGAUCGGGCUGCCGGUGGCUCAGCCGGUUACGUUGGCCGCUGUACUGCGCCCCUACUGGUCGAUCGGCAACGGUCCAAAGCGGUGUCCAACGACAGCAAGGAGAUUGUCCGGAUGAUUGUCACCGCAAAAGCCUCUGCCGCGGAGUUGGAACAAGGCCGUCAAGUGGAUUUGCUUCCCGAAGAGCUGCGCAACGAAAUUGAGGAAACCAAUCGUUGGACCUAUGACCUACUCUCCAAUGCUGUUUAUCGUGCAGGCUUUGCGACCAGCCAGGAGGCCUUUGCCCGUGCUUGUCGUGAUGUUGCUGAAGGCUUGCAGCGGAUUGAGGAGCUGCUGGCAGAGCGAACCUUUUUGUGCGGAGAUCGGAUCACAGAAGCGGACGUCAUGUUGCUGCCAUGUGCAGCACGCUUCGAUGCUGCGUAUGCCAGCCUCUUUCUGCGGGGCUCUUGUGGCCUUUGGCGCGAAGGGCCUCAUAGACGACGCUGGCUCCAGCGCUGCUGGGCACUUCCACGCGUGGCAGAAACGGUUGAUGUGAGGCGCUGCCAAGAAAGCUAUUUCCGGACUCUGUUCCCUUUGAACCCAUCUCAGAUCUUGCCCGUGCCAAGCUUCAACCCAGAUGCUUUGGGGCCCGUGGUUCAGGGCAACUUGGACGAAGACAGCAUCUUUCAUUGGCGAAAGCUCCGCUGA